UGAAAUGCAGACGGCCAUAUGUAUAGAUUUGUGGAAAACUUCAGGACGGAUGCAUUGUUUGUUGUUUCUUUCUUGUUGGUCUUCUUCGAUAAAUUAUUAAAAAUAUGGUACCUCUCGGCCCAUCGCCAGGACACCAAACGUCCGUCAAUAAUUCUUCCUCUGCUGCUGCGAGCGGAACGAAAAGCAACGCGACAUUGAAACCCAAUUAUACGUUAAAGUAUACAUUAGCUGGUCAUACAAAAGCAGUUUCAUCUGUUAAAUUCAGUCCCAAUGGAGAAUGGCUAGCAAGUUCUGCUGCUGAUAAGCUUAUUAAAAUAUGGGGCUCUUAUGAUGGAAAGUUUGAGAAGACUAUAUCUGGUCACAAGCUUGGUAUUUCAGAUAUAGGAUGGUCUACCGAUAGUAGAUUGCUAGUAUCAGCUUCAGAUGAUAAAACCUUAAAAAUAUGGGAAUUAAGUUCCGGCAAAUGUUUAAAAACACUUAAAGGUCAUAGUAAUUACGUCUUCUGUUGUAACUUCAAUCCACAGUCUAACCUUAUAGUUUCCGGUUCUUUUGACGAAAGUGUACGAAUUUGGGAUGUCAGAACUGGAAAGUGUCUUAAAACGUUGCCAGCACAUUCAGAUCCUGUAAGUGCAGUACAUUUCAACAGGGAUGGUUCUCUAAUUGUUUCCAGUAGUUAUGAUGGAUUAUGUCGAAUUUGGGACACAGCCUCAGGACAAUGUCUGAAAACCUUAAUAGACGAUGACAAUCCUCCAGUAUCGUUUGUUAAAUUUUCACCAAACGGGAAGUACAUCUUAGCAGCUACACUGGACAAUACGUUGAAACUUUGGGACUAUAGCAAAGGGAAAUGCUUGAAAACAUACACUGGUCACAAGAAUGAGAAGUAUUGUAUCUUUGCGAACUUCUCUGUAACAGGUGGAAAGUGGAUUGUAUCUGGCUCUGAAGAUAAUAUGGUGUACAUUUGGAAUCUACAAACAAAGGAGAUAGUACAGAAGUUACAAGGUCACACAGAUGUAGUACUUUGCACCACAUGUCACCCGACGGAAAAUAUUAUAGCCUCAGCCGCUCUAGAGAAUGACAAGACCAUUAAAUUAUGGAAAAGCGAUACAUAAGGAUGAUUGAUAAAUUUGAAAUUGUUAUCACCUCUUGUACAAAUCAUAUUUUUUUUUAAUAGAAAAAUCGCAUUGAACACC